AUUGUUCGGGCCGUUCGAAUAGAGGUCGAACGUACGAAAUAAACAAUCCAUAAGACGGGAUCCACUCUCUCUGCAGCGAAGUGCGACUUCACUCCUUUUUGCGCCCUCGGCCUGUGCCGACGUUCCUAUACACGAGAGCUUCGCCGUCUCCACGAAAUUCGCCGUGUGUUACGUAAAGCUCAGCGAUAUAUAAAGCAAAAUAUCACGUAGUUUUUUCGUGCACGCAUAAUCAAGUCCGCUGUCCGUGUCCCUCCUUCGUCUCUAUCAUCAUCGCUCGCUCUGGCAUAAUAAGCGAUCAUACUUACACUGUGUGCUGUCUGUUGCUUCUCGAGCUCUCUCGUACGCGAGUACUUAUCCUGACAACUCGAUUGCUCGAGCUGAGAGCAUGUGCGCUUCACGUGCCGACUGGAAGUUACUUAUAAGCAACUGUUGUUAAUUAACCUAAAAACUCCUGUGCUGGAUCCCGAUCGCAACUGGAUUUUGGGUAACAGACAGUGAUUAUUUGCACCAAGUAAAAAUGUAAAAAGAAAAAAUAACAAGAGACCAACAAAAUUUUCGAAUUGAAGAAGCACCAGUUAGAGAUAAAUUGAAUUAUUCUAUUUGAGUUUGUCAAAAAAUUGUGAACACAAUGGUUGCUCUGCAGAAUCUAGUGUGUGACUCCACACGACAAUUAUUCAAGAAGAUAGGGUAUUUCUUUCACCGCUGCUUGACCUUAUUUUGGUCUUAUCUUACCAAUGUGAAAUCAACAUUUCUAAAUUUACAGUUACAUCUGCAACGUGCAAUCGACGAUUCCAAAAUUACACCCAAAAAGAAGACCAUGGAAAAUCUCGGCUUCUCUGCGGAUACCCAGAACGACGACCAAGUGCGAGUACUGACUCUGAAUAAGGGAGAGCACCAGGAUGGGACCCUGUACAAGCUUAAAAAAGGAUGGGUCGUGGAGUUCAGAUUAGGGGCAUCGCUUCUGGGCCACAAUCUCAACAUAUUCACUAAUCAUCCUCUACUCGUCGGCAACCCGUUCGAGAGGCGCACGUACUAUCAGCUGCCAUGGAAUCACGAGUCAGCUUUCAUACGCGUCUCGCUGGCCGGCUCUUUUCAUUUUUAUCUGGCAGAAGCGAGUGGAGAGGACGCCGGAAAAGUGAUAGCUUCCGGCUACUUGUUGGUCGAUCCGGAGCUAACCGUGGGCGUCAACAACCAGCCGCUGCCGCUAGACUGCAUACAAUGCCAGACGGUCCUCUCAAAGCUCAUGGGACCCUUCUCAACGUGGGAGGAGAAGCUCAGGGUCUCUCGCAAGUCAGGCUACAACAUGAUCCACUUCACACCGAUACAGGCGAUAGGAGACUCAAAAUCAGCUUACAGCCUCAGCGAUCAGCUGAAGCUCAACCCCUCGUUCAAUGAUGCACCGAACAAAGAGACCAGCUUCGACGACGUCGAGAAGUUGAUUACAAAAAUGAGAGAAGAGUGGAACACUGUGAGCAUUUGCGACAUAGUUUUGAAUCACACGGCGAACGAGAGUCCAUUUUUGAUAAACAAUCCCGAAUGUAGUUACAACUGCAACAACUGUCCACAUCUCCGUCCGUCUUAUCUUUUGGAUGCCAUUUUAUUCGAGUUGACAAUACGAGUGUCGUCCGGAGAAUGGGAGCACAAAGGAAUUCCUCCCGUCGUCGAGACUGAAGAGCACUUGAACGCAAUCCGUCAUGCUCUGCACACUUACUUUCUACCUCUGGCGAAAAUUCACGAACUGUAUACUGUAGAUAUCAACGAGAUCGUGUCCGAGUUUUUGAACAUUGCUCGCAACCAGAUACCGCAAGACGAGCCACCCGAAACCCAUAACGAAAGCAUCGUUAUCAUAAGGGAUCCAGAAUAUCGCCGCUUAAAGUCCACUAUAGAUAUGCAGCUUGCUUUGAAGAUCUACAAUAUUUAUAGACCCGAUUGUUUUGACGAGGACUCACGACUGAAACGCUGCGCGGAAGAACUGAGAAACAAGUUGCAGGAGUUAAACGAUGCCGCAACUAACGAAAUCCAAAAUCAUCUCAAUGCCGCGGUUGAAAACUCGGUAGCCGGCAUUCGAUACUUCAGAGUCCAAGCAGAUGGGCCAAGACAGAAAGAGAUAAGCGAAAGAAAUCCACUUGUUCCUAGGUAUUUCACGGAUUACGGAAGUCCUAGAUCGUUUGUGGAAAGAGAAGACAUCAUGUACUCGAAUUCUGGAUGUUACUUGAUGGCUCACAACGGCUGGGUCAUGAACAGCGAUCCCUUGAAAAACUUUGCCGAUGCUGACUCUCAUGUUUACAUAAGAAGGGAAUUGAUUGCGUGGGGCGAUAGUGUCAAAUUAAGAUAUGGCGAAAAACCGGAAGAUUGCCCUGCUCUUUGGGAACGUAUGACGACAUAUGUUCAGCAAAUGGCUAAAAUCUUCGACGGCGUCAGACUCGACAAUUGUCACUCGACCCCUAUUCCAGUAGCAGAACACAUGUUGGAUGCUGCUCGUCAAGUAAGACCAGAUUUGUACGUUGCCGCUGAACUCUUCACCAACUCCGAUCAGAAAGAUAAUAUUUUCGUCAAUCGUCUUGGAAUCACAUCGUUGAUAAGAGAGGCCAUGUCAGCGUGGGACAGCCAUGAGGAAGGCCGUCUGGUAUACCGCUAUGGUGGCGAGCCCGUAGGUGCGUUUAUCCAGGCUCGACAUCGUCCUCUGGCACCGAGUAUCGCGCAUGCUUUAUUCCUUGAUCAGACGCAUGACAACCCGAGCCCCAUCGAGAAGCGUAGCGUAUUUGACUUAUUGCCCAGUGCCGCACUGGUCUCCAUGGCCUGCUGUGCUAGUGGCAGUAAUCGCGGUUACGACGAGCUCGUGCCUCAUCAUAUUCACGUUGUCGAUGAAGACAGACAAUAUACUUCUUGGACAGAUAAGGAAGGACUGGCAAAGGAAAAUGCAAAGUAUGUUAGCAAAAAAUCGGGAAUCAUUUCUGCUAAAAAGGCUCUCAAUGAUCUCCAUUUUUGGCUGGGACAGAACUCCUUUUCUCAAGUUUUUGUCGAUCAAAUGGAUGUUGAUGUGGUAGCGGUUACAAGACAUUCACCGACCACUCACGAGAGCGUCGUACUCGUGGCUUUUACGGCAUUCAAGCACCCGGAUCCCAAUGCUAGCGAUUUGAGAAGACAUGUUAGACCUUUGAGGGUAGAAGGCGUAGUAGAUGAAAUUAUUCUUGAAGCAUCCCUCGCGCACGGAGAAAAAGAAAAUGGUAUCCCUCCGUUCUCUAAUCCGAAGAAAUACGUAAAGAACGAAGACUACAUAAACGGUUACUCUGAGUACUUGGUGGACGUCAAGGAGCACAUUCAAAUCUGUGAUUCUACAAAAGUUGAAAAGGUCGAUUCCGGAGAUCCUAAAAUAACGCAAUUGAACUUUAUUAAUUUCCAGCCCGGAUCAAUAAUCACUAUUCGGGUGUCACUCCACGCAAACAUAAAGCCAGCUCUUGAAUCCAUCAAUGACCUUAUCUCGACCCUCACAUCUCCGAACAAUUCGGAAUUGCGUGCAAUUGUUUCGCGCAUGAACUUUGCGGACCUUAACAAAGCACUUUAUAGGUGUGAUCAAGAAGAGCGAGAUACGACUGCCAAUAAAUUUGGAGUUUAUGAUAUUCCCGGUUAUGGCCCACUAGUUUACGCUGGUUUGCAAGGUGUAAUUUCAUUGCUUGCUGAUAUCAGAUCGAACAACGAUCUUGGUCAUCCACUAUGUGGCAACCUUCGUCAAGGCAAUUGGUUGAUAGAUUAUACUUGGCAACGUUUGAAGGAAGAUGAAGGUACUGCAGCUCUUGGAGAGUGGCUGGAGCAGGCCUGCGAACCAUUCAAGCUAAUUCCUCGUUAUUUAGUGCCCAGUUACUUUGACGUGAUCAUCGUUAACGUGUAUUCUACUCUCUUAGAUCAAUGCUUUAAUCUCAUGUCUAGCUUUGUGAAAGAUGGAACCGAUUUCACCAGACUGCUGUCACUAGUAUCUGUGCAAGUUGGCGGUAUAAUAAAAUCAGCGCAAUUGCCAGAUUUAUCACCGAACCUAGAUCCACCGAAACCUAGCAUACGAGAGGUGGAUGGCAAAUCAGAACAGGAAUGUUUGACCAUGUCUGCUGGACUACCACACUUUACAGUAGGAUACAUGAGAAACUGGGGACGAGAUACGUUUAUCGCUUUGAGAGGUCUGUUCUUAUUAACCGGCAGACAUGCGGAGGCUCGAUUCAUCAUUCUGGGAUACGCCGCUACGCUUCGUCACGGUUUGAUACCAAAUCUCUUGGACAGAGGCGUCAACGCCAGAUUCAAUUGCCGAGAUGCCGUUUGGUGGUGGUUGUACACUAUUCAAUGCUAUGUCAAAGAAGUCCCAAAUGGCUUAAAACUUCUGUCGGACAAAGUAUCUAGAUUGUUCCCUACUGACGAUUCGGACGCUCUUCCAGCCGGAGAAGUGGAUGAAACACUGUCGGAUGUCAUGCAGGAAGCACUGACAGUUCACUUUCAAGGUCUGUGCUUCCGUGAGCGCAACGCCGGUAAGCGCAUCGACGAGCACAUGACUGAUCGUGGAUUCAACAAUCAGAUAGGUGUGCAUCCAGAGACGGGCUUUGUAUUUGGCGGUAACGAGGCCAAUUGCGGCACUUGGAUGGACAAGAUGGGCUCCUCGGAAAAGGCAGGAAACAAAGGCAAACCUGCCACUCCCAGAGACGGAUCUGCGGUUGAAAUUAUUGGGCUCUGUCACAGCACUCUCAAUUUUCUGGCAGAAUUGUACAAACAGAAUCUAUUUCCAUAUGGUAGCGUGCAGCGGAAAAAUCGCGAUGGCUCAACGAUAACUUGGAGUUACAAACAGUGGGCGGAUAAGAUAAAGGAGAGUUUCGAUACUUACUUCUAUGUGAACGAGAAACCUACCGAUGGUGAAUUACGACCGGACUUGAUUCAUCGACGAGGAAUUUACAAAGAUACUCACGGAGCCUCACAACCGUGGGCAGAUUAUCAAUUGCGACCUAACUUCCCAGUGGCUAUGGUUGCUUCGCCGAACCUAUUCAAGCCCGAGCACGCCUGGCUGGCAUUAAAGAAGGCCGAAGAAAUCCUCCUUGGUCCCCUAGGCAUGAAAACCCUAGAUCCCGCUGACUGGGCCUACGAUGGCUUCUACAACAAUGCCAACGACUCGAAUGACCCGAAAGUAGCUCACGGAUGGAAUUAUCACCAGGGACCAGAGUGGCUAUGGCCGAUCGGCUACUUUUUGCGAGCGCGCUUGCACUACGCGCCCCUCGUUGGUGGCGAAGAGGAGUUAAAACGGACUAUCGCCUCGACCGAAGCUAUCAUCUCGAGACAUCUGACCGAAGCUUCAAACAACCACUGGCGUGGACUUCCCGAGUUAACCAAUCGCGAGGGCGAGUAUUGCGCUGAUAGCUGUCGCACUCAGGCCUGGAGCGCUUCCGCAAUUGUCGAGGUCCUCCACGAUUUGGACAAGCUGAAAAAGGAUCUGAAGUUUGACGACGAGCAGGUCCUCACGAAUUGAUGCAACUUUGCGUGUGUUCACCACCGCUACCUGCACCUAGCACACGUAAUAGUAGAUAAGCAACAAGAAGCAAUAGCAGAAACACACGCGCACAGCCCGACCACUGCUGCAGUCGAUGUCACUAGGUUCCCGACUGACGACGACGACACCAGCCGCACGGGAACACACGCAUAUGCCGAUCUCGAAAACCUCUCCCUUGACACUCCCCCGUCGCCCUCCACGCUUCCCUCUACCGUCUCUUCGAGCUCAUCCUUUCCCAAGCCUCACAAAGAUCCAGAUCCCGGCGAGUGCACAGAGAUCGAGGACUACUACAGAAAAUAUGACGCAGAUAGAGCAAAGCAACUGAUAGACGCGCUGCCGUUGCCAAGACAUGAGAUCUGCUCCAAAUGUGCGAAGUUUGAGGAGAGUCCGGUCUACAGCGAUCGGUUCUUUUAUAAAGGCAAGCCCCUUCUAGCUAAGGAGAUCACUGUGCUGAACAGUCAGAACCUCGACAAGGAUGUCUUGGACUUUAUGCCGAUCCACAAGAUCGCCAAACCCAACGCUGCAGGUAUCUUUUAUAGCAUCGGCUCAUCCCCCAACGCCGUCGAUCUUAACCUUGAGCCCAGCAUCCUACUACUGGAGCCGUCCAUUUCAACGCCGAAAAUCCCAAAAACCGCCAAAAGCAAAAACAGAGCUUACCUUCAUCUUCCACUUGUCGAACGAGGUUAUAGCCGCGUGUCCGAGAAACUCGGUGUCAUUCAGCCAAUGCGACUACCACUGCUCACCUCAACCCCACCGCAGAGAUUCGAGGAGAAAUCUAGCUGCAAACUAAACAUAGAUGAAGAACCAGAGCCAGAAGUCAACGAGAACAGAUCAAGCCUGCUGAUGCUAGAGCCGCUGUUGCUCAUGCCAUCCAGGACUACAGUAACGGCGGCGAUGGACCGGAGACGUAACCUGGCCUCCAAGAAGCGACUCGCGCAUUCGGAGCAUUUGAAACUCAUUAAAAUAAUAAUCGCUUAUACCCUCACUUUCCUUUUGCUAGUGAGCAUAACGUUUUACGUAGUGUACUUUAGGUGAGGAGCUCUGCAUCCUUGCAUAAAGUGUAUAACUGUUGGUUGAUUGUUAAUUUGAUCUUAUUUUUAUUGAAGAAUACUCACUUUUACGAGAUAUGUUAUAAUUUAUUAAUGUAUUUGUUGAAUCGAUUUAUUAAGAUUGUUUAUUAAUUCAAAAACAAAUAACCAAAGCUCUUGCCAAUUGGAAGUAAAGACACAACUAAAACGAAAAUGCUUGUACAAAUCGAUCAGAUUGAUAAGUGAUAAGUCUGUUGAAUCGAUUUUACUUUCAUUUGUAAGUCAAGACUGUGUUCAUCGCUAGAAUUUAGGAUAUCUUUUGUCAUAUUUACGAGUCUUUCCAGUUAUUUUAAGCUUUUAUCCACGAUUUUCACGCGAUCAAAUCAAUUACUCGCACAAUAAAUAACUUGCUGGAAGGAGUAGCUAAGCCAACGUUGAAGCCAGGUUCACGCAAUUUAAAAUCUCGAGAUAAAUGAUGGUGUAAAGACGAAUAUCAAAUCUAGUCUAUUUUUAUGAACUAAAAAAUCUGAUGUCAUUCACAGCUUCAGGUUUUAUUGUCAAUUAACUCUCUAAUUUACUUUUUGCAAAAACCAAUUUGUUUUUCAGCUCUGUGGAUCGCGUGAUCUUGUAACCAUAUCGUAAAAAAUCUAUGUUUGUAAAAAAAAUGUUAUGUUUUAAAAUUGUAAAUUACGAUGCAACAAAGCUAUGCUUUGUAACGAUGCAAAAAAGAUAUAUUUUUGCUAUUUUCUAAAAGAGAAAUAUAGAUUUCAAUAUCGCGUGUAUAAAAAUGCAUGUUAAAACGGUAGUUUAAAAAAUGUACACAUUUUUUGAGGGAACAGUGAAAAAAUAAUGUUUUUUAAUUCAAAACGUUACAAUAAAUUUACGAAGUGGAAUAUCGCGUCGAGAAUUAUUUUUAGUAGCAAUAAAUAACUCCAAACGCAUGAACAAUGUUUUUGUGUUAAUAGUCAAGUUUUAAUAAUUAUUAUUGAUUAUAUUAACAAAACUGAUAAUUUAUUAUGAACAAAAUAAUAUUACCUUAUUUGCGUUACUUCUAUAAAAGAAUAAUGUUUGAUAUAGUAGUUAAUAUUUAAAAAAUACUCCAUUAUUUUUAUAUAAUUAAAAUGAUUUGACAUUUAUUAAUCAAAAAAUGUAUCAUUCACAAUUGCAAUCAUAUUACCCUUAUGUGUACAUUUCCAAUAAAAAGACCUAUAAACUGUAA